UUCGUUACGAAUCUAUUGGAAAAACAAAAACAAAAGAACCAGAGAGCAGUAAAAAACUGGACGCAGCUAGCUGGUGGUGAUGCAAUUCAAAAUUUAAAACAGUAAACAUUAAAAAAAAGGAGGCACCCUAAUUCCAAUUCUAACCCUAAUACCUAAUCGAGAUAAAAUGUUACAAUCACCGGAUAGGAGCCCAAACCCUAACCCUAACCAUUGUCCAACUCCAAGGUCACCUUCAACUACAAGGCGGAGCAGAGCCGUAAGCUUACCAGACGAAUGGUACAAAGAGCAAUCGCUGAAGCAUGUAGUUAUGAAGAUGCACCUUAGAUCUCUGUCUGCUAGUCAAUCGGCAUCACCUCCUUCUGAGGCGGACUUUUCGUUAAUGACAGGGUUCAAACCCUUAACACUGGACCCUCGAGGACCUGACCAUACAUCGCUUCUCUCCGACGAAAUUCUCCUCCAAAUUUUCUCUAGGCUCCCAAUCUCUCAUUAUGUCUCUAAUUCUCUUGUCUGCAAACGCUGGUUGUACCUUCACGGCCGCUUGGUACAAUCUCUCGAGCUUACCGACUGGUCAUUUCUUAAUUCGGGUCGGAUAUUUCACCGGUUCCCCAAUCUAACCGAGUUGGGAAUCGUUGACGCAUGUAUUAGAACUCCUCGAAACUCUGGUAUUAUGUUGACUCACAAGAAUUUGUCUAUUCACGUCAGUACUGAAUUCUCUGAUAGAGGGUUUAUCCAAGAGAAUGACCUGUUACCGUCGGAUUUGAUUGAUUGUGGGCUUGAAAUGAUUGCCCAACAGUACACUAAUUUGAGGAGACUUGCUGCAAUUGGAGCAAGCGAGAAUGGAUUGUUAAGUAUUUCAAAUAAGUGCGAGACAUUGCAAGAACUGGAGCUACAUUGCUGUGAGGAUUUCUCGUUGAAGGGUAUUUCAGGGUGUAGGAAUCUACAGGUGGUAAAAUUGAUUGGUUGUAUUGAGGGGCUUUAUAGCUCGGUGGUGUCUGAUAUUGGAUUAACUAUAUUAGCGCAAGGGUGUAGGCGGCUAGUAAAGCUUGAGUUGUGUGGAUGUGAAGGGAGCUAUGAUGGGAUUAAAGCAAUAGGACAGUGCUGUCAAAUGCUUGAGGAGUUAACUCUCUGUGAUCAUAGAAUGGAUGGUGGAUGGUUGGCGGCACUGUCAUUUUGUGGUAACCUGAAGACUCUGAGGCUGCAGUCCUGCAAGAGCAUAGAUUCAAGUCCAGGUCCUGAUGAGCAUUUGGGGACUUGUCCAACUCUUGAAGAGCUGCAUCUGCAGCAGUGUCAGAUGCGGGAUAAGCCUGGUGUUAAGGCUCUGUUUUUAGUUUGUGAGGCUGUUAGGGAGAUUGUUUUCCAGAACUGUUGGGGAUUGGAGGAUGAAGUUUUCGGCACUGCAAGUGUUUUAAGGAGGGUGAAGCUUCUAUCUCUGGAAGGGUGCUCAUCGCUGACAACAGAAGGCUUGGAAGCAGUUAUUCUUAACUGGAAUGAGCUUCAGGGGUUAAGAGUAAUAUCAAGCAACAAGAUAAAGGACAAUGAAGUGAGUCCUGCCCUGGCAUCUCUGUUCUCUGUUCUGAAAGAGUUGAAAUGGCGGCCAGACUCGAGAUCUCUUCUUUCGUCAAAUCUUUCUGGAACUGGAGUGGGAAAUAAAGGUGGUAGAUUUUUCAAGGGAUUAAAGGGCUAAACACAUUGGUUGCCAAUGAGUAUCUGGGAUUCAAUUGGUGAAUGUUUUAAUGAUUAAACGGCAGCUGCAAAAUGGUUCAGAGGUCUCCAUAGACAUUCUCUGGUGAUUGAUUUACAUUUUUUUGUUGCAGUGGAGGAGGAUUAUCCAGAGCUUUUCAAUAGGGGCCUGCGAGUGGGGUUGUCAUAUGAAGCAUACAACCAUAAGCACCCCUUUUGAUUUAUGUGGGCGAUGUGUAUGUCAAGCUAAAUAAUGUAUUUCAAAAGCUAGGACUCUUUAUUUCUAACCUUCAAGUAGGUCAGAUAUUCUAAUUCAUUGUAGCCAUUUGACUUGGUAGUUAUAGCAAAAGUGUAAAUCUCCACAUAUAUCAAAUUAUUCAUGAUAUAAGUCCCUAUGAAAUACAAUCUUUACCACUUGUAACAAUAAUUUACAGUUGAAUUUUGCAACUUCAUGGUGAUA